AUGCGUUCGGACCGUCGACGACGUCUCGAGGCUGGGCGCGCUAGCGCAGCUCGUUGUGGCAAAAUUUCAAACUUUUGGCUUCACCCAACUGAAACAGCAGCGUCGGACGUGCCGAACACGACACAGUCAGUCAGUGUAGGGAUGCGCGCGGUCGUCCUCGCGGUGCUCUCGGCGCUGGUGCUGGCGCCGUCCGCCGCGGAUGCCUUCCGCGGCGGCGGCGACUGCUCCGAUAUUCCGAGGUUCCCGUCCGAUCGCCGCGGCGACGGGCAGGGCAGAUCGAACCGCCUGACGCUCGCCACGUUCGACGCGAGGUGGAUCGCGACGAUGAGCCCCGUCAACGCCACCGCGAAGGGCGAGAAGCAGGACAAGGCGGUGGCCGACCGGUUGCGCGCGGAGGACCGCGAGCGGUACCGCGCGUUCGGAAAGUUACUGGCGGAGAUCAAGGCGGACGUCGUCGACGUCUCGGGCACGAACGGGUGCGGCGCGCUCAGGCAGAUGCUCUCCGCCGAGGUGCAGCUCCUCCCCGAACACGCGUCGAAGGUGCGUCAGUACCUGCACGAGCGGCCGGAGGACAAGGGGAUCGCCAUGCGACACACGGGGAUGCUGACGUACGUGGAUCCCAGCGUUAACAUCACGCGCGUCGACGACGCGCGCGUGGCGUACCCCAUACCGCACACGCGAUGCCCCGCGGACGAACGCGACCGCGCGGAUCAAUCAUCAUCGUGCGAAUCGGAAUAUUCCUGCGCCGCCGCCGACGACGACGACGACGCCGACGCGUCCUCGUGCGCCGCGGACGCCGCGCGCUCGUGCGCCGCGGCCCGCACUCGCGUCACGGGCCCGCCCAGGGACCACUACGUCACCCGCAUGGCCGUCGGAAACAAGAACGUGACCCUCCUCGUCGUCCACUUCGACGAAGACGAUUGGUCGUGUGCGCGACGCGAAGCGGCGGCGACGAUCGUGGCGAACGAGGCGGCGCGAACCAGGCGGGGAGGGUUAGGGUUUGGGGGUGAGUCACCGGGUGGUGAGUCACCGGGCGGUGAGUCACCGGGCGGUGAGUCACCGGCCCCGGUGUCGUCGUCGUCGUUCGACGGCAGGACGCGGGUGGAUGACCUCGUGGUCAUCGCCAGGCUUCCCUCGUCCGGCGCGGGCUCCGAAGAUCCCGCGGCGCCGCACCCGACGGACGCGGACGCCGUGGCGGACGCGCUGGCGCUCAGGGGCACCGAGCUCGAGUUGUACGAGCCGGGAGGCUUUCAGCAGGUUGUCGACGUCGACGACGACGACGCCGGGGAGCGCGAGGCGCUCGAUCGGCCGAGGAGGAACAGGACCUCCGCGGUGUUUUUGUCCAAAACACUCGUGGAGUGGACCACUUCGGUGACGGCUCGCGAGGUUCCGACGCCGGGGAGUCAAAAGCGGCAGCUCGGUCACCCGCUCGUCGUCGACAUCACGUUCAAGGCGUACUGCGCGUUCAGCGGGGACGUGGACACGUGGGAAGAGUUCCUCACGCCGGGCGUCGCGUUCUUCGCGGUGUUUGAACUCGCGUGUUUCUGCGUGUGGUCGCUCGGGAUAUACAAACUGUUCCUGGGAAAGGACGAGGGCCCGCACUGGAUGAAGAACUUUUACCGGUGGCAGAUGGACGUCCCGACGCUGGAGGAGUUCUUAGCCGAGGAGGAACGGCUGAACGAGUUGGAGGAACGCGAGGAGGCCGAGGCGGAGGCUCGGGAACGAGCGGCGGCCGAGGGCGGCGGCAAAGGCGUAGGCGGAACCGCCGUCGAGAACCGGGACGAGGACGGCUCCUCGUGA